UUUUAUUCUAAUCGGGAUAGGCAUCCCAUUGUGCCACGAAGCACUGAAACAGAGCCGAAAGGACAUGCCCUCUUUGCGCACGCCUGGCACUGGUAAAGCGGGUCUCGGAUGCCGUGCAGAAAUCAAAGAAAAGCCACAUUUCGAAAGCGAUUCCGUUUAGUUCAAUUUGAGCGCCGUUGACUUGACGGUCUUGGCCCAAAGCACGUGCUAUCCGAGGCGGCGCGUGCAGCUGCAGCAGCUGGUGGCCAGCAUCAGCAUCAGCAUCAGCAGCAGCAACAACAGCAGCAGCAUCAGCAUCAGCAACAGCAACAGCAGUAGGAAGGGCAACAAAAACGUCGGCACUAUCGCAACAUGAAAUGCUUUACGCUAGGCUAGGGAGGCAUGAUGGGAUGUUGUAAAGAAGAAGAAGAGGAUGAGUAAAAAUUGAAACGGUUGGAGAAGAGGAAGCAGCUAGACAGUACAUCAGUGCAAGAUAACUGGGUGCGAGUGAGAUCGAACGAAAAGAAUGACUCUGACUGUGACUGUGUGUGAGUGAGUGAGUGAGUGGAGUGAGUGGCGUGUGAGAAUGCGACAAUAAAUUAGCCGUAACCUGCACCUUGUUAUUUGCACCUGUAUCCUAACGGGAUUACAUAUAUACGAACAUACAUACAUAUACGUAUGUAAGAAUAUUGCUAACAACACAACAAAGCUGAAGAGAAGAAGCCAAGAACAACAGGCAAGCAAUCAAAGUUAAUUUAGUUGUGUGUGUGUGAAUACGUGGAAAACCCAAAUGUGUGGAAAACGUAAACGUAAAUUCUAUUUACGCAAAUAAUACCUCGAACAAAGCCCAAUAGCAGCAACAAAAAUAGCCAGGAAGCGGGAAAGAGGAGGGCCCGCCAGCUCGGCAGGCAGCUCGAAGCUCCUAAAAGUAGGCAGCGCAAGAAUUAGAAGCAGCAGCCGCAGCAAACAGCGCAAACAGGAUACUUAAAAUAUCGAGGCAAAUACCCAAAACACACACAUACGCACGCACGCACGAACGCACCAGCAUCCAUAUACAUACACGCACGCACAGUGCUGAGUUCAUAUUUUUGGACUGCCUCUGGCAAUCCUCCCUCCCUCCCUGGCCAUGCCCAAUGCCCAUCCUACUUUGCAACACGAAAUAAAUAUAAAAUAAACCCAACACUGAGGUGUAUGGCCCCAAGAAAGGGCAAACAAACAGAGCCGACAAAAAUAUAUAAAAGAAUACUACAACAACCAGAAAGAUGCCAAAAUGCUGGACAAAGAUUGAUGCUGGCUGCCGACGAACAGCAACAACAACAAUAACUAUAAUGAACAGUGGUAACUGCCUAAAGUGAGCAGAUACAAUCGACGUUUAUUGAAAUAUUUUCGAUUCCGCCAAAUUACGACGAUUAAGCCAUGAACGCACUCGAUAUGAAUAAACAAUUUCUGAGCGUCUCCCAGGACCACAAUCAGCAUCAGACCUCGGCCGACGACCAGAGGAGUCGCUCAAGAUCGGAGCGUGCCUCGAGCCUGGCACUACCCCUCAACUCUCUACUGGACUUUUACGACAAGCAACAGGAGCAGUGCAAGUCAGUCACUUUGUUGCCACUUCCGAGCAACUCUGGAAAUUCCAGCAGCAGCAACAGCAGCAGCAGCAUUGUGCGACGCCACUCCUCCCACUACUAUCCGAUGCUCGAGGACAAGCAAAAGCCGUCGCAGUUGCCUCCUCAGGCAGCCACACAAAUGCUUGUAAACAUGACGGAGCAGAAAUACGACAAGUCAGCGCCAAUGGGCGCCAGGCAGCAGCUCCAGUUCCAUCAGCAGCAACAGCAGCAGCAGCUGGUGCGGGUGGACACCCCAGUCACACCCCCUCCGCCCAUUCCACGGCGACUGCUGCGGGGCAAGUCCGCCUGGCAGCCGAGUGGCAGUCCCAAUCCCAUGAUUACGGGCGGACAGGAUAGCGCCCACGGCACUGGCACGGUGUUUGUUUAUCCGCAGCCAACAAACGUGACCACAGAGUCAGUAGCCGGCGUGGGGGGUGGUGGAGGAGUGGCUGGUGCAGGAACUGGCGGACAGGGAGGCGGGCUACAAUCAGCGCUGCUUGUUGACAUUGCCACACGUCCGGCUCCGGCUCACGGAUAUGCGGAUGCCGAUGGCAUUUCCGAUGACGACCGCAUGAGUCUGGAGAACUCUGUCUUCGACGAGUCGCUAACCUCCACGCCGGUCAAGGUCGCCAGCUAUCAUGCCGCAGGCGGACGAUACUCCGCAAUGGGUCACAUUGCCAAGCGAGCCCAGCGCUCCUCCAGCAGCACCGUUGACUCCGCCUAUGGGUCCUCGCUGGGUGGUCAUAGCGAGAGGUUCGCCAGCAGCUCAACCAGUGUUGAUUUCCGCAGUCGAUUCUCCUCGGUGGACACGCAGUCCUCCCUGGACGAGAAGCCCCUAUCGAGUUCAAUUGACUCUCCAUUGGCCACCAACCGGGACUCAGCUUUCCGGGAGCGGGCCAUCCUCAACGAUGCCAUGCACAAGCUGAACAACAACAACAGCCUCGGAAUGGCUCUAUACCAGGCCAGUAACAAUAACCACAGCACCAGCAGCAGCAGUGGAGUUGGAGCCUCAAUCGACAGCGGCUCAAAGUUGCCAGUGGUUCCCGCCCGGAAGCAACCACCACAAACCGCCAAAAACAGUGGAAACAGCAACAACUCAUCGGGAGAAAACAGAUCUCAGAACUCCAAGGAGACCACCAGUGUCUCGGCAUCGGCAUCAACGUCCUCUGCCGCCUCGGCAGGCUCUAGUACCAUCUCCAGUGGCACCAUGUCCUCCAUGUCCGGGCCAUCGCCCUCUGUGACGGUGCCAUCGGUCGCCGAUUUGAAUCCCAACUUGAAACGUCCAGGGCCACCAGAGCCACCACUACGGCAGGCCAACGCAGUUUUUGAUUCCAUGGAGAUGGGUCCUCGGGGUCAUCCAGCUCCUCCACUGACCGUUCGAAACAAACUGGGACGCACUAAGCCUCCACCGAUUUCGUAUCCGAGAAUGCAGCAACGCCAGGACUCAACCUUGUCCAGCGACAGCUAUUCGAUCAGCUCAAGUCCAGGUUACAACUCCAAGUUGAUGGAGGCGCCGCUAUUGGGCUCAGGAUCGCAUCAGGUUGGCAGGAAAUCAAAUGCACCAGGAUCCGCUCAAAGGCAGACUCCUCUAACGGACCUGGCACCGACGCGGUUUUUAAGCGGUGGAGUAGGAGGAGCUGCUAAGCAGGCACCAGCUGUACCACCACCUAGGGGCAGGAUUAACUUCCGCCAGGAUUCAACCAUCUCUAGCGAUAGCUUCAGUCAGACGUCCAGUCCGGGGUACAACCCCAAGCUCAUGGAGGCGCCGCUACUGCCCUCCCUCUCCGCCAAGCGAUUGUGCAGUGCACCAGCACCGAUAGUCUGCCGGCAGGGAAUACAGCAUGAACCCAUCGAGGAGUUGGAGCCACCGCAGACUCUAUCGCCGCUCCACAAGACGAGUGGUCCGCCCAGCAGCCUGCAGACUAUAGUUCGUUUCCAGAAUGGUGCCCCGCACACCAUGUCCUUGCAGCAUCAGAUCAUCAACCGGCGGAAGAGCUCAAAUCCGUAUAUUACCAAUGGCCGGUUGAAGUUCCGCCUGUUCCAAAUCCUGAUCAAUGCAUUCGCCCUGCUGGCCAUCGCCGGAGGACUGGCUGCCUACUUCAAUGCCUAUCCGACAAUUAAGUUUGUGAACAAGACGAUCAUCAAUACAAUCCAUGUGGAGGACACCACCAGCUUUGGCAAAAACCCGGCUCCGGGCACUUGUCUGCCGAUAAUCGUUCGUUUUUGCCAGGGUCCCCAGAUACCGUAUAACUAUACCGUGUUCCCGAACUACAUCGGACAUUUUGGUCAACUGGAAACACAGACGGACUUGGAUUCCUAUGAGGCCUUAGUUGAUGUAAGAUGCUACGAACUGGUUUCCUUGUUCCUAUGUACCUUGUUUGUGCCCAAGUGUGGACAGAGUGGUGCCACUGUGCCACCCUGCAAGACGCUGUGCACGGAGACCAUGCGCCGAUGUGGAUUUUUCUUUGACGUUUUUGGCCUUAGCCUUCCCGAGUACCUGAACUGCAAGCUCUUCAAGGACUUCCCCAGCUCCGAGGACUGUGUGGGUCUGGAGGAGGUGCGCGAAGUGAUGAUAGCCUCCUCGAAUCCGAAGUGCGAUGGCUUCCAGUGCGACCAAAACCGCUGUCUGCCGCACGAGUAUGUUUGUGAUGGCCACUUGGAUUGCAUGGAUCAGGCGGACGAGGCCAGCUGUGAAAGAUGUGGUCCAGACGAGAUAUACUGCGGCGAUAUGCAAUGCAUUGGAACCAAGCACAUAUGUGAUGGCAUAAUCGAUUGUCCUUACGGUCAAGACGAGAGGAAUUGCUUGAGAUUGAGUGAGCGGAAUGGAGAUGUAGGAACUGGUGUCCUGGAGGUCUACCGCAUAGGUCAGCGUCAGUGGAUGCCAGCUUGUGUCAAGAACUGGGAUCGUGCUGUUUCCCCGAGUGCCGUUUGCUCCAUUCUUGGCUACUCGGCGGUGAAUGCCACUAGUGUCCUGACCCAACGCACCCAUCGUCCGUUGCUGGCCUCCGUAAACGUGUCCACGGAUAUUUGGAAAAUGUACGCCAAGAGACGUUCCACUUUGAUGCAGGAAUUCUCCAACUGCAAGAGAUCGGAGGAUUAUCCAAUGGCUGAACUAACAUGUUCCAAUUAUGAAUGCGGAAGAGUCAAACGAGGUCGCCACAAGCCCUCUAGGCGUAUUAUUGGUGGCACCCCAGCUAAUCCUGGUAACUGGCCCUUCCUGGCAGCCAUUUUGGGCGGUCCCGAGAAGAUCUUCUACUGUGCCGGGGUCCUAAUCUCGGACCAAUGGGUGUUGACGGCCUCCCAUUGUGUUGGAAAUUAUACGGUUAUUGAUCUGGAAGACUGGACUAUACAGCUGGGAGUAACUCGUCGCAACUCAUUUACCUACACGGGUCAGAAGGUCAAAGUCAAGGCGGUUAUUCCGCAUCCCCUGUACAACAUGGCCAUAGCCCACGACAACGAUAUUGCACUAUUCCAGCUGGCUACACGAGUUUCCUUCCAUGAGCACCUCCUUCCGGUCUGCCUGCCACCUCCGAGCGUUAGGAAUCUCCAUCCUGGGACUCUGUGUACUGUCAUUGGCUGGGGGAAAAGGGAAGAAAAGGAUCCCAAAUCCACGUACGAGUUUAUUGUGAACGAGGUGCAGGUGCCCAUCAUUACCCGCAACCAGUGCGACGAGUGGCUGGACAACUUGACAGUGUCGGAGGGCAUGGUCUGUGCAGGAUUCGAUGACGGAGGCAAGGACGCCUGUCAGGGCGAUUCGGGCGGCCCACUUCUGUGUCCGUAUCCGGGGGAGAAGGACCGCUGGUUUGUCGGCGGCAUCGUGUCCUGGGGCAUCAUGUGCGCCCACCCCAGACUGCCCGGUGUCUAUGCGAAUGUGGUGCAGUACGUGCCGUGGAUUCAGGAGCAGAUGGCGAAGCAUGCCCGGCCCAUCAACGAGGAGCGAGUGAACAAGUAUGACCUGCACCCCGGCGGACCCGAUAUGCUCUCCAAAAUAGCCACAGACCCGAUGCGGAAUGGCCAACCCUACUACUACUCCCAUCCCAGGACGGCGGCCAAAACCUAAGCCUGGUAAUGGAGGAUUUGAGAUGAAACGAGGUGACACUUGAACACACCAUAUCUAAUAUCGAAGAAAAACGAUUGCACAAAGUAUAUACACACAGAAACCGGAUGAAUCCUGUGGGAUACAUACAUAUAUUUUGCUACUGAACUUAGAGUGUUUUAGCCAUCCCGCUAUAACCGAUUUGGGCAACAUAAUCAUGUGUCAAUUUGCCGAAUUUAUUUGUCAAUUUUUUUACAAAGAGAUUUAUAUGAACCUGAUACCCGAGGAUGACGAUAUCCUAAUAUCCUCCAAAAGAAGCGCCCGAAAUGGGUGGACCUAAAUGUCAAUACCCGCAUUGCGAACGCGAUUUAUAUAUUUAAAGAUAAACGAUGAUAUCCAAUAUAUAGCCGAUAUGUAACCAAUUGGUAAUUGUGUCUAAAUACCCAAAAAAAAAAAGAAAGAAAUCUGGACAAUAAUUCGAUUUUGUAGCUGAAUUUUGUGUUGAAAGGCCCUGAUAGGAAAACUAAAAAGAAUACUACGAGUAUAUAAAUGUCGAAGAAAAAGAUAGAAAAAAUAUAUAUAUAUAUUAUUAGAACCAAAGCUAUUGAGUGUUGAAAAUUAGAGCAGCAACUAACUAAGCGACAAAUAUAUGUAAUAAAUUUUAGUGAAUAUGUAACUCUAUAUUUAAACGUAUAGAAAUAAGGAAAACUUGCUGAUCUUGGGCAUUUGAAGGAGGAAACGUGCAGUUGACAAUAAUGAGAAAUACAAAUGCACAAUAAGCAAAAAAUGAAAGAAAAUAUAUAUAUUUAGGGAAUAAGUCAUGAAAAUACUAACUACAAUGCGUGGGUUUCAGCUUUAAAGAACACUAAAUGAAGUUAUUAAAACGAACUUGAAGAUGUCAUUGCCGGCUAGAUGAUAAUUCUGUGUAACUUAAUAUUUAGAACUAUUUACACGAUUGCCACGCCCCUCUUAGACUGGCCGCUUUAUAGUCGAAGCUCAAUAUUAUCGCUCUAAUUUGUAUCCCCCGUGCUCCUAUCAUCCGUAGUCCUAGGUGUGCCAUGCUAACGUGCGAUAAUUUUUACAACUAUUUUGCUAAAAACAAAUGACAAAAUAUAUAUAUGAAAAAUCGGCACAAAAAUGAAUGUAAAAUAUGCGUAACUAAAGACUCAAAAUUGGUUGUUUCAUCAAUUACACAAAACACACUCAUACGCACACACACUUGAGCUUCGCGAUGUGUACAGCUUUGAUAUUAUUUUCAAUCCGGAACCGGAACCAAAAAACCAAAAUGGCCGGAAUUCCAGGAGCUCGGUGUAUUAGACUUAUUCUUUCUAGCUAAAAAAAAAGGAAAUACAAAACUGUUGAAAUGCUUUAGACAAGAGAUUAAAAAUGUAUAACCGAUCACUAUUAGUUCUAGUUGGACAUAUACUGGACAUAUACACACACAGAUAGAUAUACCAUAUUAUACGCCUAUCUAUAUAUAUAUAUAUAUAUGCAUGUUUUGUACAAUCAGUUUACAAGUGGAAAAGUAUUAUUAGUCUUAAAUGGGGGGUUAAAUGAAGCGCAUAUUACACAAGGCACAUGAAAAGAAACCAUAUGUAACUGAAAUAUAUAUACAAGAAAUAUACAUAUAACGCGGAUACAUAUAUUCUAUAUAUAUAUUGUAGAAGUAGCUUGUAAGCAGAUGUGAUGGUGUCUAAAUUUAUACAUGCAUAUUACCAAGCGAAGAGCGCAAAGCUUAGUUUAUACUCGAGACAAAUCUGUGGGCUGUUGCAUCUAGAGACGAAAGCAUACUUAUUACUAAAGGCUUAAGGACAGCGGCCGGAUUCAGGACAAUACAUAUUCAUAGGGAUAUACCCAUAUCACAGACAUAAUGCUUACUUCGAUAUCAUGCAUUGCAUUUCUAGGGAAUUUAGGAGGUAACACUGAUUGAUAUAUGAAAGAAAAGUUGAUCUUAAAACGGAAAAGAAAAGAAAAUGUAUAUUAUCCGUGGUGUUAACUCCUAAGAAUCUUGGAAUUUACCAAAACUCAUCCUUAAAUUGCAACUAUUGUUUCCUUUAGCUGUUGCCUUGGACAGUUAGCCACUCAUAUCCUUUCUAACUUUAUGUUCCGUGGGUACCCACUCCUUGUGCAUUUACGAUUAUGUGGACUAUGGCGGUCUAUUUUAUACACCCAUGCUCCAGGCUACUAUCAAAACGCUUAGCUUUAUGUACAUUUAGUCUAAAUCGAACAUAACC